AUGACUAGUUUUUCUAUCUAUUCAACGCUUUAUGUGAUAUUAUAUCUUGUUUUUGUACAAAAUCCUUCUCUUAUCCAUUCUUUGAAACCAACACCUCGAUGGGCAAAUAGAUCAUUAGUAUGUUAUGGUGGUGAACAAAUAGGUAAUACAUUAUCCAAUGAGGUAUUUAGCCUAGAUCUAUAUCAUCCAUGGGAUACCGCAGAGCCUUUAUGGGAACAACUUCAAGUAGAACCACCUAUUUCGCCUAGAGCUUAUUUUAGUUCGGCACCUUGUUGGAAACAAGGCUUCAUCAUUAAUGGAGGCAUCACCAAUGAUUAUGCAACUUCAAUCAAUUCAACUUAUUUGUAUGAUAGUGAAAAGAGAACCUGGAUUAUGUCAACUCUUAGAAGUUCUUCCAUUUUUCCUCCAAGUGACCCAUCUACGUAUCAUGGAACAACAUCCACUUCUUAUUAUACUAUUUGGACCGUAUUAGAUACCAAUACCUGGGCUUUUAGUAUACCUGUCGCACAUAGCUCAAGUCCAGCUCCAAGGAUCGAUCAUACAGCAACUUUGAUCACAAAUCAAGAAAUCUUGAUCAUGGGAGGUGUCGUUUUUUCUAAAAAUGUUACUGAUCCCUUGGGUGGUCAAACUUUGCUACCUGUAUCCAUGAAUCAACUCUUAUUAUAUAACACUGCUACUGGCAAAUGGAAGAAUUUUACUGCUGGCGGUAAUAUUCCUGCUCCUCGUCGUGGUCAUUCCGCUGUCUUACAUCCAGAUAAUGAUAGUAUCAUCGUUUUUGGUGGAGGUACUCCAGAUGACAAUCAAGUAAUGCUUAAUGACGUUUUUGUUCUUCAACUCGAAAACCUGCAAUGGAACUCACCUUCAAUUAUUGGUGUUCCUCCAAAACCAAGGAAAUAUCAUCAAGCCAAUCUCAUGGAUAAUCUGAUGAUAGUGACUUUUGGGUUUGAGAAAACGGGAACCGGUUACAACGAUGUAAAUAUUUUGGACACAAGGAAUUGGCAAUGGAUCACCACUUAUACACCGAACCUGGGCUGGUUAUCAGGUAAUAUUUCAUCUAAUAGUGGUACGGCAAGAAACAGUAGUGGUAUCUAUAGCAACCCGUAUGCUGGCAAUCAAGAUCCGAACUAUCCAAAAGGUACUCCUUAUGCUUGGGACGAUCCAAACUCUUCUUCAGGUGAAGAUCCUGAAAGUCAUGAAGAAAACAACCCUACAGAAUCAAAAAUCAAGGCAGGUGUAGUGGCUGGUAUUAUCAGUGGAGCUGUCGUUGUGCUUGGUGGUGGUAUCUUUUUUAUUGUAAGCAAGGCUCUUGGACGACAACGACAUUACCUGCAACGGCAACAACGACUACAAAAACAACAGCAAGAUCAAAAACAGGAUAUACUUCAUAAAUUGGAUUAUAAGCACAAUAAUAUCAUUACUUUGGCCGACUUGGGUGACAUGUCUAUGAUCAAGCCAGAUAAUCGGUCCUCCUAUGCCCAUGCUUAUGAUGAUGGUGAACAACACAAACCAAAUGAACAUGAAUGUGGACAAGAACAAGAUCAUACCACUUUAAAUGAUGAUUCUCCCCGUUAG